AUGGUCCGACGCAGAAUUGUCACUUGCAGCAGCAGCAGCAGCGAGGAGGAGGACCGCGUGGAUGGAGACAUCGAGGAGGACGCAGUGGAUGGCGUUGAUGCAGUCGACGAAAUUUCUGGAGUGCCGAACCCUCGUCCCAUCCACCCAAUGGUGCCAAGGGCACCGGCGGCGCUUGGGCCUCCCCCGCCCACACCGUUCAACCAGCCGAUGGCCCCUCCUGGCCCAGCAGCUGGCCCAGGACCAGUUCGAGGCCCUGCACCUGGCGGCCCUCCUCCACCGACUCUUGGCUUUCUGUUGGCUGGCUUUUGGGACUUCAACUCUUUUUUUUGA